CAAUCUGAAACCCCCCCACCUCCCCUUGACGCUCCCUCCCGGCCCGUCGCCUCCGCUUCAUCCGGCCGAGGCCCCCCGCCGCUCCGAUCCGAACCCUAGCCGCUCCCGCACCCGGGCGCGCGCCGCCUCGCUUCGCCCCGGUCGCCGCCGCUCCCGUCGCCGCACCGGCACGGUUUUCUUCUGCUGCUGGAGCCGCGAAUCCGGGCCCGCCCCCGUCCUCCCGCCCGCCGGUUGAACUGCUUUUACUAGGUGCUCUGUGCUCUCCAACUACUGGCACGCUUCGCUUUGCCAGAUAAAAAAGGAUAGAAGGAAAUGUACUAUUAUCAGCAAAAUGGAUAGCAUGGCAAUGAACUGUGUAUCCUGUUUCAUCCAUAUACUUUAGCCAAGAAAGCUUGAUGGAACCUAGAAAAGAUGAUGUUCGCUCUGCAGCCCAAGGUUCGGUGCAUGGAUCCUCAAGCUCAGCAUGCACCAGUUAUCCUGUUCCAGAAUACCCUGUUGCAGGCAAUGUUAAGCCUGUCCUUAAUUACUCAAUUCAGACUGGGGAGGAGUUUUCUCUUGAAUUUAUGAGAGCUAUACCCAAGAAGCAUCUUGUUCCUGGUAUGCCUCAUAAUCAGAAUGUCACUUCUGGUGCUGGUCACAAGGAUUCUAGAGUAAGCCUUGGUACCAAUCGAACAGGACCAGAGACUAGAUUUGAUGCAUCAAUAUUUUUGACCUCAGAUACUCAUCAAACAAAUGAGAUUGAGAGAAAACCUUUUUCUGAAAAUGAAAACAGAAGAAGGCACAUGUCAGGUACGUCAGUUUCACGAGUUCUAUCCGGUGGUGGCAGUAGUCAGGGAUUGUCCCGUGGCUAUGCUUCUUCUGAGGCCUCAGAAACUUCCAGAACAAUUAAAAUUCUCUGCAGCUUUGGGGGUAAAAUAUUACCCAGACCAAGUGAUGGAAAGCUUAGAUAUGUCGGUGGUGAGACACAUAUAAUUCGGAUUAGUAGGAACGUUUCCUGGCAGGAGCUUAAACAGAAGACAACAGCCAUCUAUAAUCAACCUCAUGUUAUCAAGUAUCAGUUACCCGGUGAAGAUCUUGAUGCCUUGAUCUCAGUUUCAAAUGAUGAAGAUUUGAGAAACAUGAUGGAAGAAUGUGGUUUCCUUGAUAAUGGGGAUGGUUCCCAGAAGCUUAGGAUAUUCCUUGUUUCGUCUAUUGAAUACGAUGAUAUGAGUUUCAGCCUGGGCAGUAUGGAUAGUGAUUCUGGGAUCCAGUAUGUUGCUGCCAUCAACGGGAUGGAUGGAAUAGCUGCGAAUUCAUCAAGUGGGCAGGGUUUAGUAAAUCAGUCCAUCAAUGAGUUUGAUCAGUUCAUUAAUCUCAAUAUUGAUAGUAGGCCGGUAAACUCAAGCAGAGAUAGUUCAAAUUUGCAUGCAGUGAACACAUCAACUUUUGUGCCUUCAGAGAUGCUCUCAAGACCGAUGCCAUCUGCUGUAUCCGGCGAUAAUAGUGCAAAUUUGAAUUCAUACUAUAGCCAUGGGAUGCAGAAUUUGAAGGGUAAUUAUGCGAAUACCGCUACCAGUGAAGGAUUUUAUGACAUUGAGGGCCAGAUAUCUAUUCCUUUAUCUACACCUUCUGAUUAUAGAUAUACAUCCCAGUAUGCGCCUUUCUCAGGAACUGCUUCACAGCGAUCUUUUGAUCAACAGGCUUAUCAGGAUGCUGAGAAGGAAACAUCAACGAAGGAGGAAAAACGGGUUUCUGGUAACAUGCCUCAUCAAAAUAAUGAGCUAGAUUACUUUCAAUCGCUUGAAAAUCUGAGUGGUCAUACAGCGCAUAAUGAUUCAUCUGCUUCAGGAGUGCCCCCUUCUGCUUCUGUUCAAGAAGGUGUAAUAUCUUCUCUUCAACCAAGUGACAGUGUGAAGAGCCUGGAGACUUGUACCGCACCAAGAGCUAGGUCGACAACACAGGGUUCAGAUAUCAGUGAAGAUGAUCGGCAUUCUGGUGGAGCUUUUGCAUCCGGCUGUUCUGACUUUCAGGUUGACAUGAUAGAUCACAGCUAUAAGAAUCCGCCUCCUCACCCUGGGCGAGUCUUCCAUUCUGAGCGGAUUCCAAGGGAGCAAGCAGGAUUUCUGAAUCGGCUAUCUAAAUCUGAGGAUUCACUUAAUCCGGAAUUUCUAAUUCGUCAAUCGCAGUCUGGUGUUGCAAGUGAAUACAUCGCAGAAAAUACUAACUCUGCUUUUGAGGGGACUGAAAAACCAAAUCUAGCUGCCCAUGCUAUAAAUUUGAAUGAUCCAGCUGUAGAUGAUAGUCUGAUACAGUUUGAGAAAGAAUUUACCAAUACUGUACAACAAACUUCUCCAUUUAGUGAACAGCUGCUUGGUGAAGAGAGGUCCUCAGAUGACACAAGUAGUAGAAAUGUGGAGAAAGUUGCUCAUGCAGCUGAACAGAUUCUAGGAGGUAGACACAAUGAGGAAACUUCUCAAGAUGUAGAAGCACCUAAUCAGCCAGGAUCUCAUUCUGCUAUGCCUCAUCAUAAUAGUAGGGAUGCUCCAAAGCAAACACUCCCAACUGAUGUUGAAUGUGAUCAUGUUGUACCAUCGACCAGCUCUGUGGAUGUUUCUCACAAGGAACCUAUUAUCUCCAGCACACAGAAUAGAGACGUUCCUGGUGGUACACAAAGGACCUCCCCUGACAUUCUUUCUGAUUUCUUUGCAAAUGCUAACUCUGCAGCACAAUCAUCCAGUCCUUUCAUUGAUCCUGUCCAUAGCUUAAACAUGCCUAAUUAUGAACCCCAGCGGUGGUCAUUCUUCAGAAAUCUUGCACAAAAUGAGUUUCCACAAAAAAUGGAGACCCAAGAUCUGGCAAAGAUUGAGGAGGGAGCUUAUCCCUUUGACCGCUUAGAGCAUGAUACAACUAAUGUGAAGAAUUUGGCUCCUCAGAAUGAUAUUCAUGUGGAAGUGCCUCCAGUAGCUUCCCGCACCAAUGUUGAUUCAAACAUUUCACCAACAGGUUUUAUCUCAUCACAGAUUGACAAUCCAACGACAAUGAAGAAUGCUGAAGGGUUCCAAGUUGAUAAUCCUUUUACAAAUAUGCAUGAAAUGAUGCCAUCUCAUCCUGCUUUUGAGGAACAGAAGACUGAAGAGGCUAAAGCUGUUGGACCAGUCAUGGAUGCUUCCUUUAAGGACACUGAUUUUGAAUACUUGCAGAUCAUCAAGAAUGAAGACCUUGAAGAGCUUAGGGAACUUGGUUCAGGUACAUUUGGAACUGUGUACCACGGAAAAUGGAGGGGAAGUGAUGUAGCCAUUAAGAGAAUUAAAAAAAGCUGCUUCACAGGACGGUCUUCAGAGCUAGAAAGACUAGCACAUGAAUUCUGGCGAGAAGCUGAAAUUCUUUCAAAGCUUCAUCAUCCAAAUGUUGUGGCGUUUUAUGGUGUUGUGAAAGAUGGGCCAGGUGGUACAUUGGCGACUGUGACUGAGUUCAUGGUUAAUGGCUCACUUCGGCAUGUUUUGCAGCGCAAGGACAAAUAUCUUGAUCGUCGUAAGAGGCUUAUCAUAGCAAUGGAUGCUGCAUUUGGCCUGGAGUAUUUGCACUCAAAAAAUAUUGUGCACUUUGAUUUGAAGUGUGAUAACUUGCUCGUAAAUCUUAAAGAUCAAUCACGCCCCAUAUGUAAAGUUGGUGACUUUGGCUUGUCCAAAAUAAAAAGAAAUACCCUGGUUUCGGGUGGUGUGAGAGGGACUCUCCCAUGGAUGGCUCCAGAAUUACUCAAUGGAAGCAGCAAUAAGGUGUCGGAGAAGGUUGAUGUAUUUUCCUUUGGUAUUGUUAUGUGGGAAAUCCUCACUGGCGAAGAACCAUAUGCCAAUAUGCACUAUGGCGCAAUUAUAGGGGGCAUCGUAAACAACACACUGAGGCCACCUGUGCCAGCGUCAUGUGACCCGGAGUGGAGAAGGCUCAUGGAGCAGUGUUGGGCCCCAGAUCCAGCACAGCGCCCUGCUUUCACAGAGAUUGCUGGCCGGCUUAGGGCCAUGUCUGUUGCAGCGAAUCAGGCGAAGGCAAACAAAUAAGGUGCAGGUGGAGUACUUCCUUUCAGGCUCCAAUAUGUUGGGGGUUCUUUUUCUCUUUUUUUUUUGGCUGGAGAGUAAUACAUAUACAUGUAUGUUAUAGAGUGUUGUAAACAUUAGUGCUUCAUUUAUACCAUCUCAUGGGCUGGGCUGUAUCCGACAAUAUACUGGACUCGUUUUGAAGGUUGUGAUGUGUAAAGCUUUAACUGGAAUUCGUUGUGUGGUUAUUGGCAGGUCCUCCUUCAUAAACAGAAACCAUGUGUUUGUUGUAACAUAAUUGAAACUGUGAAUAACAAGAUCCGUACAACACCUUUGGUCUGAAUUAA